AAAAUGUAAAAUCCAACAUGGAUCUCACAACACAAAGCCCAAAAAUCACUGCUUAUGCUGUUGGCUGUUGCAGACAGCAGUGCCGCUACCCUUCUCCUCCGUGACGACUCUUCUUCUCCGUCGCUACGGCAGCAGCGGAAUUCCAUUCCCUAUUUAAACAAAACCCUAACCCAGACGCAGACAUAUUUCCCGUAAUUUCCUAACGUGCCUAAGCAUCUUAUAUCAGUCAAGGAAGUUCUAGGUGCUGAUGGUGAGAGCUUGGGAAGAUUUGGAAGCGAGAACCCCAUAACCUUAGUUAUAUUUCUCGAGUAUUCACCUAGUCGCCUCCAAGCGUGGUUGUAACCGCAGUUAUAGUUCAGCACUUGGUGCAAUGGAUUGGAAUUUGGUACAUAAAGCCUGGGAGAAGUGGGCUUCCACCAACAUUGGCUCUUCUGGUGAGCCAUUGAGAGCUGCUUUGCUGAUCAACCAUGAUCGGACUGCACCAUCUCGCCUGUUGUCUACCAUUGCUGAACAAGAAGGAAUAAUAAAAGUCAGUCCAAUUGAACUGAGUGAAUUUAUCAGUUUUGUCAAGUGCAACAGACUACAAACUGAGAGCUUCAUUAUUGGGCAGAACCAGUAUAUGGUUACUUCAAUUCAUGAGAAUUGGUUCUCAGCAAGGUGCUUGAACUCAACAAUACCUGCCGGAGAAGGUGCCAUUGUUAUGCAGAUAUCAACCCUUCUCUUGGUUGCACUAUACGAGGGUUCAAUUGGAUCAGCAUCCCGCGCAAUGGUGGCUGUAGAUCAGUUUGCAUGGCUUCUAAGUCGAAAACAUUGACUACUUCAAUGCAUUUUAAUCUGUUUUUAGGAACUCCAUCCCUCCACGGUGUUAAUGUAACCAUUCUACAUGGUUCCUCGGAAGGGAAAACAAUUGAUUAUUUAAAUCUACUCUCUGGAAAAUUAUUGUUUUGAGCUUGCUGCUGUUACUUCGAUUUCCAUCCCAAUUCCCUGAUAUGCAGAAUUUCAAAAGCUCUGCUUCCUCCACUUUGAAUAUAUUUAGAUAAUAGUU